AUGCAGAUGUCGCUCGUUCGGAUGAUUCAAGCGGAGGCCAGCGGUAGAGUCACCCUUUCAGCGGACGAAGAGAAGGCAGUUCGGCGAAAAGUCGAUGCACGCAUUCUACCCAUCAUACUUGCAGCCUACUUCUUCCAGCAGCUGGACAAGUCAACACUAUCCUACACCUCCGUGUUCGGAAUCGUCCAAGAUGCACAUCUGGUCGGAAAACAAUAUUCCUGGCUUGGCUCGAUCCUGUAUUUGGCUCAGUUGGUCGCACAACCUAUUGCGGCCUUUGUACUGGUCAAGCUGCCGACUGGCAAAGUGAUCGCCUCAGCUGUGUUCUUAUGGGGCUCGACAUUGUGCAUCAUGUGCGCUUGCACAAACUUUCGGUCUCUACUCGCGCUUCGAUUCAUGCUUGGAUUGUUUGAAUCCUUGAUCGCACCCUCAUGUAUUGCUGUCACGCAGAUGUGGUGGCGUCGUAGCGAGCAGACUCAUCGAACAAUGUUCUGGACAAGUAUGAACGGCGUAACACUGAUUGUGGGCAGCCUCUUCACGUAUGGUCUAGGCCACAUCCACAGCAAAACACUCUUCCCAUAUCAGAUCAUAUUCCUCUUCUGCGGCCUGCUUACCGUAGUGUACUCCAUCAGCGUUUUCAUAUGGAUGCCAGACUCCCCAAUGACAGCGAAAUUCCUGACUGAACCCGAGAAGAUCGUCGCUGUGGAACGUUUGCGAUCAAACCAAAUGGGCAUUGUCACUCGAAAGUGGCGAUGGGAUCAUGUUUAUGAGGUCUUCUACGAUCUCAAGACAUACUGCUGGUUUUUCAUCAUCGCAGCAGUUUCUAUCCCAAGCGGCGGCAUGGGCACCUUCGGCUCCCUCAUCAUCAAGUCCUUCGGCUACAACAAAUUCCAAACAAUCCUCUUCAAUCUCCCCUUCGGCGCUGUGACAAUCAUCGUCACCCUAGGAGGCGGCUGGCUAGCCACGAAAUUCCGCUCGAAAGGUCUAGUCAUCGCACUCCUCUGCAUUCCAACAAUAGCCGGGAUAAUAGUAAUGCUCAAAAUCCCUCAUACUCCAGGAAACCGAGGGAUUCUGCUCUUUGGAUGGUACUUGACCUCUCUGUUCCCAGGCAUAACCCCACUCCUCUUCGCCUGGCAAGCCCAAAACACAGCCGGCGACACGAAAAGAAAAUGCACGACUGCCGUCCUCGUCGUCGGAAUGUGUACCGGCAAUGUCAUCGGUCCACAAAUGUACAGUACCUCCCAAGCACCCUUAUACCACAAAGGUCUCCUCUCAAGUCUGAGCAUGUUCAUCUUAGUCGCAGUUCUAGCAGGCUUAAUCUGCAUGUAUUUAAACCUUUUGAACGUCCAUCACGGUCGACGAAGAGAACAGUUGGGAAAGCCUCGGGAUUUGGUCGAUAGGUCCAUGCAGAAGGUUCGAGGAGAGGAGGUUCUGGAGGAAGUGGAGAAUGAUUUGGCUUUGCAUGAUACUACGGAUUUGAAGAAUGAGGAUUUCAUAUAUGUCUUGUAA